AUGGCCGGCGGUUCAUCGCGCAAGUCGCGCAAACGGGCCCCCGGCUCGCCGGUGCUCGCCCAGGCCAAGAUCAAGCUCCCAAAACUGCUGCUCAAGGCGGACGCAAGUGGAAAGAUUUCGGUGACGCGGAUAAACGAUCCGCCGACAGAGGAACGGACGCGUGACCAGUCCAGCAAAAACACACCUUCCGGAAGUUCUGACAAGAAGCCGAAGAAAGAAAAUCAGUCGAAGAAGGAAAAUCAUUCUUCGGGCGUGAAAGCUAGUAUAUCGACCACUUCUACUACCGCAAUCGCCUCGGGAGCUGACCUCGUAGAAGGGCCUGAGAAACAAAAGAAGCCCAAGAAACCGUCGUCGGCGGCUGAAAAGUUGAUUACACCGCUCGCUUCUACCAGCCGCAACGGACACGUGAAGGGCGAGGAGAGAUCGGAGAAGAGAAAGAGUGACAAGAAGUCGUUGGAAAUAAACGAAAAAGUGCGCGUGGAAGAAGAAAGUUUCAUUGCCUUGUCCGCUUCUACAAGUCACAUCUCCGCCGAGCUCAAGCCGAAUGACAGCCCGCCGAAGGAACGACCCGCCCAGACGGCGCGCAGCGCGCAGAUGUCGGCUAGGAGGAAACAAUUGCGCGAGCAGAAGAAGGCCGAACAGCUUGCGAGCGAAAAGCUGAAGGCCGAACAGCUUGCCAACGAACAGCUGAAGGCCGAGCUUGCCGACGCGGUGUUGCUCCCUCCCCCGCCGCCACCACCAAUUUUGGAGCCGGUUGAAGGCCAAAAACUCGCACCCGAUGCCUCUUCGCCGAUCGCCCCCAGCAGAUCUCAGGAGAUCGGGACGGCCACCGCCAAGUUGGACGCGAUGCAAGCGUACGCUUCUACGGAUGACGAGCACUACUACACGCCGACCACAGCGAUCACCGCUUCUCACGACGACUCCACGCCGACCGUGCAUCCGGCGGGGACGGACAGCUUAUCUACGCCCAUUUCGCCGCUCAACACCGAUGCUUUCUUUACGCCUGGGACCACAGGAUAUAUCGGCCCGGUGUUUAAAUUCACCGCGGCUCGGAAGCAAGGAGAAGCGAAUGGGGUCGCGCAGGGUGCAAAACCGCCAUUCACCAAGGACUCGACGUUGAACGGGGGCUCUGCCACAAGGACGCCUUCCGUUACAAUUAUCGCAGACCUGAGAAAGGAUCUUCACAAAAGGAAACUCGAUUCAGCAAAGUCGACGGUCAACAAGGGCGCGGACGCUUCUACGCCGCUUGCGCGGGUCACGACAAAGCCAGCCAGAUCCGAGAUUGAUCUGGCGAAGUCUGGCAGGUCGGCCUUGGACGUGGCUCGGCAAAAACUUCAUGCGGACCGCUUGAAGAAACCUAACACCGACUUGUCGAUCCCGAAGCCUACCCCGCCGCAACGACAUGGUCACUCGGUGCUCGACAUGCUGCUGCCCGAUCCGGAGGACGAGGCGAAGAAGAAGGAGCGAAAAGAGCUGGCUGAAAAGCGUGCCGAGCUGGAGCGGCAAAAGGCCCUGGAGGCGAAGAAGCUCAAGGAGCAAGAGAGCCGCGCGACGGCGGAGAGGAUGCGCGAGGCGACGAAGAUCGAGAUAGAAAAGAUGCGGCUGAGCGAUCGUCGGAAGCGCGACACGCAUCCGGUCUUCCAAGAAUCGUGCUUCUACGACGCGUGCGACAUCGUCGACGCCUGCGCCAAGCUGUGGGGCGACGCCAUUCCGAGCGAAUGGCUCGAAGGCCAUGAAGAUUACGAAGAAUCCGUGGACUCGGGCGACGAAAAUAAUAAGCAA